AGGCCAUGGGGCUGGGGGAAGCCCCGCGGGCAGGACCCUCUGCUCCCCGAGAGCGAGGGGUGCUCCGGCCCCGGCCAGCGCUGGUGGGGUGCACCCGCUGCUACUGCCCCUGUCUGUGAGCGGGGCCUGGGCACUGCCGCCCACCCCUCGCUGGACUCAAGGCCCCCACCCUAGACUUGAGACACCCCGCACUAGACUCGGGGCACCCACACUGACUCAAGACACCCCACCCUGGACUUGAGAUCCCCCUCACUAGACUUGAGACACCCCACACCAGACUCGGGGCUCCCCACAGUGGGACAAGACACCCCACGCUGGACUCAAGACACCCCCUCACUGGACUCGAGACCCCCACACUAGACUUGAGACCCCCCACACUGGACUCAAGAACCUCCCAUAACUUUUGUGAAUUGAGUGGCACCAGUUUCACUUGUCUGCUUAUCUCCUCACACCUGGCAGCACCCUUCAAAGGCCCUGGCAGCACCCCAGGGGGCCCCGACCCCUGCUUGGGAAUCACCAGCCGAGGGACGCUAGCGUGGGAACGCUUGGCCCCGACAGUCAAUGGGCCCCUGGCAUUGGGGGAACAGCUGUCACCUCCUAACACGGCUUCUCCCCCCCUUGGCAGCUCCGAGACCGUGCCGAGCACCCAGCAUGUCGGCCGAUGUGUGGGUGGGCCCAUGGAGGCCCCACCGGCCCCGCGGUCCCAUCGCCGCGCUCUACAGCAGCCCCGGGCCCAAAUACGGGCUCCCGACAAACGUAGGCUACCAACUCCACGACCCAUCCCGCUUCCGGGCACCUGCCUACAGCUUCGGCCUGCGCCGCUUCCAGCAAGAGGACGACUGCUCCCCCGGGCCGGCCUACAUGCUCCCUGCCAAGACGACCAUGAAGGGCAAGGACGGGACCCCCGCCUACUCCAUCCACGGCCGCCCCAGGGACCUGCAGAGCUUCCGCACCCCCGGGCCAGGUCGCUACUACCCAGAGAAAGCUGGGAAAUGGGCCUUUCCUACGGCCCCCAUCUACUCCCUCGCCUCCCGCACCAAGGAGUUCUCCAAUGACCAGACGCCAGGGCCUGCUGCCUACGGGCUCCCCCCGAUGAUGGGGCCCAAAGUCAUUGGCAAGAGUUCGGCCCCCAACUACUCCAUCCUCGGGCGCAGCCUGAUCGGUAGCUUCUGCGAGGACUUGUGCAAAACACCAGGCCCCUGCAACUACCGUGCGGUGGACUCCAACGUGUACAAGACACGGGCACCCCAGUUCAGCAUGCUGGCUCGCAACAUGCUCCCCGGUGACAACACUCAGAAGCCCGGCCCGGGCACCUACAGCCCUGAGAAGUACUCCCAGCACCGCGGGCAGACCUUCGGCAUCCGCCACUCGGACUACCUGGCUCCUCUCAUCGUGGACGUGGCAGAUUAACCAUGAUGCGCCGGGUGGCCUGGCACUGCCGCGGGCGCCCAAGUAGGACGGGCUGGAGAACAACCGGGCAUUCGUACAUGUGGGCUUCUGGUGCUUAGUGCCGUCGCAGCGGCUCCUCCAGCCCCGGUGCACCCAGGACCAGGGGCUGGUCUCCCUCUGCCCUCCCCUUCCACCACACGCUCAGCCCUGGGGUGGACCAGGUCAGCUCGGCUCCGUGGCCUUGGUGGCCUCUCUCAGGGCCACGUGGCCCGGGGACCCCGACGUCCUGGCUGCUACGUGGGGAGACCGGGAGGUUGGGGCCGGCAAACACCAGCUGUGCCGAGCCGGCCACGGACAGGUCUCCCCAGGGUGCCCAGCCCCCCCUUGCCCCUCCUCACUGGUCUCUCUCUGAAGCCCACGUAUGCCCCUGCUUUGGCCACCCCCUCGCCCCAUGAAUCACAGAGACGUCGGGCUGGAAGGGACCCCCCAAGUCACAUCUAGUCCAGCCCCUGCUCAAGGCAGGAUCCUCCUCGCUUGAACCAGCCCAGCCACGGGUCUGUCAAACCCUCGCUGGAAAAGGUGCACGGAUGGAGAACUUCUCCGGGCGCCUGUCCCGAUGCUUGACCUCAGUUUCCCCAGCUGCAGCUGGAGGCCGUUGCUCCUGGUCCUGCCCCCUGCAGCCAUCUCCAUCCUCUCUGUCUUCGCCCUUCAGGGAUUUGAAGGCUAAAUCCCCCUCCCAUGAAUAGCCCAAUUCAUCCCCCACAAGCUGCCGGGCUCUCCUCCAUGCUAUUCCUCACCCCAGCAGUUCAGAGAGCGUGAGAGGCGUCAGGAGACAGCCGGAGGGGGAAGCGCGGAGGGUUUUCUCUGCCCCCCUGCCUGUCCCAGACGGGGAUGAUGCCGUGAGCGCUGUUCCUCCACCGUCUCCGUUCCAGGGCUCCAGCAUGACCCUUUGUCUGGGCUCCCCCUGCCCUGAGAUGAGGGGUCUCCGAGUCCCCCAGCCGCUCCUGCAAUGCCGUGGUCACCAACCUUGGUCUGGUUUCUUCUCACCCACCCUCCUUGCCCGUUGCUGCGGGUCAGCAUGCCCCUCGACCCACAGCUCCAGGCAGCAGCUCCGCUUGGGAAGGGCCCCUGUGAAAUGGGAAUGCAGGGGUGGGCUCCCGUGCUGGUGACAGCUUAACACCCCCCACGCGUGCACACACACACGCUCCUGCUGGCUAGUCCCCGGCUGACACAAGCUGUGUUUUCUGCUCCCGUCUUGCCCUGGCUGCUCACACUCAGUAGCUUCCUACCAUCCCCUCUGUGUCCUCUUCGGCACGGCUGCCCCCCCAGGACACCGUCCCCAUGGUCCUUGCACGGAGACCUUGCAUUUGGCUGUGCUAGGAGUCACGUCACUGAAAAGAGCCCCGGGCAGAAGCCGUUCGGGUCCAUGCGUACGCUGCCCCCCCCAGCCAUCGUUUACCCCACCGGCAAUUUUGACAUCAGCUGCUAGUUUUACCAGCCGUGAUUUGAUAUGGUCUAACGAUGAUGAAUAAAAUCCUUGAAUAGCAUUUAGCUUCCCUUAUCAAUCGCCUGCAUGUCCU